GCAGGAGCGUCCGUGCGAGGGUGUCGGCGGGGCGGAUGCAUCGGAGGCCGCAGGCGGAGGGGAGCCACCCGUCCCGAUCCCGAUCCCCAUCCCGGGCAUGGCGGAGCGCGGCUGGGCGGGGGAGGCGGUGCCCCUUCCCGCAGAAGUGCGGGAGAGCCUGGCCGAGCUGGACCUGGAGCUGUCGGAAGGUGACAUCACUCAAAAAGGCUAUGAAAAGAAAAGGGCAAAGCUGCUUGCACGAUAUAUACCUCUCAUUCAAGGUGUAGAUCCAUCCCUGCAGACAGAGAACAGAAUCCCCGGCUCUUCACAGGCUACUGCUGCUGCAUCUAAACAGCAGAAAUCACGUUCUACCAACUCAAGGGAUGAGCGCUUCAGAUCAGAUGUCCAUACUGAAGCAGUACAAGCAGCUUUGGCAAAAUACAAAGAGAGGAAAAUGCCCAUGCCUUCAAAAAGACGCUCCGUUCUUGUACACUCUUCAGUAGAGACAUACACACCUCCAGACACAUCCUCUGCCUCAGAAGAUGAGGGCUCGUUACGGCGGCAAGGGCGGAUGACCUCCACUCCAUUCCAGAGCCACUCCAACGUAGAGCCCUGGUUUAACAGGGUUAUCCAGGGCUCCUCCACCUCAUCCUCUGCAUCCUCCACUUCAUCCCAUCCGGGAGGGAAUCCCGCUGCUGCUUCCGGUUCAGCUGCUGCCGCUGCCGCCACUGUACUUGCAGAUCUUAUGGCACAGGCUCAGCUAGAUAACCACUCAGCACCUCCUGAUGUAACCACUGGCCUGGUAGAACAUUCGCAUCACGAGCGACCACAAGUAGCAUCAGUGAGGGGUGUUCCUCGGGGGUACAGCAGCAGCAUACUGGAAACUGCAGAUGGGGUUCCAGUGAAUAGCAGAGUAUCCUCAAAAAUUCAGCAGCUUUUAAAUACCCUGAAGAGACCAAAGCGCCCACCAUUGAAAGAAUUCUUUGUGGAUGAUUUUGAAGAACUUUUAGAAGUCCAUCAGCCUGAUCCAAAUCAGCCAAAACCUGAAGGAAGUCAGAUGAGCAUGCUUAAAGGUGAACCCUUGGGUGUGGUAGCUAACUGGCCUCCAUCAUUAUUAGCUGCUUUGCAGCGCUGGGGGACUACUCAGCCAAAGGCCCCGUGUCUGACUGCACUGGAUACAACUGGGAAAGCAAUUUAUACUCUCACUUAUGGCAAACUUUGGAGUCGGAGUUUAAAGCUAGCAUAUACACUGCUAAAUAAACUAUCCAGUAAGAAUGAACCACUGCUCAAACCUGGAGACAGGGUGGCGCUCGUGUUUCCAAACAGUGAUCCCGUGAUGUUUAUGGUGGCAUUUUAUGGUUGCCUUCUGGCAGAACUUAUUCCUGUGCCAAUAGAAGUGCCAUUAACAAGAAAGGAUGCUGGCAGCCAACAAAUUGGAUUUCUUUUGGGCAGUUGUGGCGUAACUUUAGCUCUGACAACAGAUGCAUGUCAGAAAGGUCUCCCUAAGGCACAAACCGGAGAAGUAGUUACUUUCAAAGGUUGGCCUCGGUUGGUGUGGUUUGUGAUUGAUGGAAAACAUUUGGCAAAACCAUCCAAAGACUGGCAUCCUCCUGUCAGGGAUGCAAGUAGGGAAAUUGCUUAUAUUGAGUAUAAGACAAGCAAAGAGGGCAGUACGAUGGGAAUUACCAUAUCUCAUGCUUCCAUGCUGGCUCAGUGUCACGCCUUGACUCAGGCAUGUGGCUAUUCGGAAGCUGAAACGCUAACAAAUGUGCUGGAUUUCAAAAGGGAUGCUGGUCUCUGGCAUGGAGUAUUAACAAGUGUCAUGAACAGAAUGCAUGUUGUUAGUAUUCCUUAUGCAUUAAUGAAAGUGAACCCCCUUUCCUGGAUACAGAAAGUAUGUUCAUAUAAAGCCCGCGUAGCAUUAGUUAAAUCUCGGGAUAUGCACUGGUCUCUCUUGGCACAGCGUGAUCAAAGGGAUGUCAGUCUCAGCUCCUUAAGAAUGCUGAUAGUGGCAGAUGGAGCUAAUCCAUGGUCAAUAUCAUCCUGUGAUGCAUUCAUCAACGUCUUUCAGUCCAGAGGCCUGAGACCAGAGGUAAUCUGUCCUUGUGCCAGUUCUUCAGAGGCAUUGACUGUUGCUAUUCGCAGACCACCAGAAUUGGGUGGACCGCCACCAGGAAAGGCAGUGUUAUCCAUGAAUGGCCUGAGUUACAGUGUGAUCAGAGUGGACACAGAAGAAAAAUUGUCAGUAUUAACGGUGCAGGAUGUUGGUCAGGUUAUGCCUGGAGCUAAUAUAUGUGUUGUGAAAGUGGAAGGUACACCAUAUCUCUGUAAAACUGAUGAAGUUGGAGAAGUUUGUGUCAAUUCAAAUGCAACCGGCACAGCCUAUUUUGGACUACUUGGGAUCACAAAAAAUGUCUUUGAGACCAUUCCCGUCACUGCAGGAGGAGUGCCUAUUUCAGAUCAACCUUUUACAAGAACAGGAUUACUUGGUUUUAUUGGGCCUGAUAACUUGGUGUUUGUGGUGGGAAAACUGGAUGGUCUGAUGGUAGUUAGUAUUCGCAGGCAUAAUGCAGAUGAUGUCGUAGCCACAGCUUUGGCCGUGGAACCGAUGAAGUUUGUCUACCGAGGAAGAAUAGCAGUGUUUUCCGUGACAGUUUUGCAUGAUGAUCGAAUAGUACUUGUUGCAGAACAACGUCCAGAUGCCUCAGAAGAAGAUAGUUUUCAGUGGAUGAGCCGAGUAUUACAGGCCAUUGACAGCAUCCAUCAAGUGGGAGUGUAUUGUCUUGCCUUGGUUCCUGCCAACACUUUGCCAAAGGCUCCAUUAGGGGGAAUUCACAUUUCCGAAACUAAACAGCGCUUUCUAGAGGGAGCCUUGCACCCCUGCAAUGUUUUAAUGUGCCCUCAUACCUGCGUUACCAAUCUUCCCAAACCUCGUCAGAAACAACCAGACGUUGGUCCAGCUUCAAUGAUUGUGGGUAACCUCGUUGCCGGAAAGAGAAUUGCACAAGCCUCAGGGAGAGAUGUAAGUCAGUUGGAGGAUAAUGACCAAGCCCGAAAGUUCUUGUACCUAGCGGAUGUGUUACAAUGGCGAGCCCAAACCACUCCAGAUCACCCUCUGUUCCUACUGUUGAAUUCCAAGGGCACAGUCGCCAGUACUGCAACAUGUGUUCAACUGCACAAGAAAGCCGAGAGAGUGGCAAUUGCACUGAUGGAGAAGGGACGACUCAGUGUCGGAGACCAUGUCGCUUUGGUUUAUCCUCCAGGAGUCGACCUGAUAGCAACUUUCUACGGCUGCCUCUAUGCGGGCUGUGUCCCCAUCACAGUUCGACCGCCUCAUCCUCAGAAUCUUGCUACCACUCUUCCCACUGUCAAAAUGAUUGUUGAGGUCAGUAAAUCAGCAUGCAUUCUCACAACACAAGCAAUAAUGAAACUUCUGAAGUCCAAAGAAGCUGCCACGGCUGUGGAUAUUAAAACAUGGCCCACCAUUUUAGAAACAGAUGACAUACCUAAAAAGAAGGUGGCUAAUGUUUUUAGACCUCCUUCCCCAGAUAUGCUGGCAUACUUGGACUUCAGUGUGUCCACUACUGGUAUAUUGGCUGGAGUCAAGAUGUCCCAUGCAGCGACAAGUGCCUUAUGUCGUUCUAUAAAGCUACAGUGUGAGUUAUACCCUUCACGACAGAUAGCCAUCUGCCUGGACCCUUAUUGCGGCCUAGGAUUUGCACUGUGGUGUCUAUGCAGUGUCUAUUCAGGACAUCAAUCUAUUCUUGUCCCUCCACUUGAACUAGAAAGCAAUGUGUCUCUGUGGCUUUCUGCCGUAAGUCAGUAUAAAGUGCGGGUCACCUUCUGCUCCUAUUCCGUCAUGGAAAUGUGCACCAAAGGUCUGGGAACACAGACUGAUAAUCUCAGGAUGAAAGGUGUGAACCUCUCCUGUGUACGAACGUGUAUGGUGGUUGCAGAAGAGAGACCGAGAAUUGCCCUGACCCAGUCGUUCUCCAAAUUAUUCAAAGAUUUGGGUCUUUCUGCCCGGGCAGUGAGCACAACAUUUGGGUGCAGAGUCAAUGUAGCAAUUUGCUUACAGCCAAACAGGCUGGGAAAGCUGGCUGAACAGGGAACUGCAGGACCAGAUCCAACAACUGUCUAUGUAGAUAUGAGAGCUCUUCGCCAUGAUAGGGUGCGUUUAGUUGAAAGGGGCUCUCCACACAGUUUGCCGUUGAUGGAAUCGGGAAAGAUACUGCCUGGAGUUAAAGUUAUUAUAGCUCAUACUGAAACUAAAGGACCACUAGGAGAUUCACAUUUAGGAGAGAUCUGGGUGAGUAGUCCACACAACGCAACUGGGUAUUACACAGUUUACGGAGAAGAAUCACUGCAUGCUGACCACUUCAGUGCGCAGCUAAGUUUUGGAGACACCCAGACGGUCUGGGCUCGGACCGGGUACCUGGGCUUUCUGCGCAGGACAGAGCUUACUGAUGCUAGUGGAGAGAGACAUGAUGCGUUGUAUGUAGUGGGCUCUCUGGAUGAAACGUUGGAGCUAAGAGGAAUGAGAUAUCAUCCCAUCGAUAUUGAAACAUCUGUGAUCAGAGCACACAAGAGUAUUGCUGAAUGUGCUGUGUUUACAUGGACCAACCUGCUGGUGGUGGUAGUGGAAUUAGAAGGCUCAGAACAGGAAGCGCUGGACUUGGUCGCUCUGGUGACAAAUGUGGUUCUGGAAGAGCAUUAUCUGAUUGUUGGUGUUGUUGUCAUUGUGGAUCCUGGAGUUAUACCUAUCAAUUCUCGAGGUGAAAAGCAGCGUAUGCACUUGAGGGAUGGAUUUCUCGCCGAUCAGUUGGAUCCCAUUUAUGUUGCCUACAACAUGUGAAAAAAGAAACCUCAUCAAGGCUGAAGCACCAAACCCUAGAUUCUUACCACACCCUUCACAAAAACAGACAUUUCAGUGGAAUCCAAACUAAUCCGAGGUCAUUACACUUUUUGUUUUUUUACAGCCAUUAGAAAUGAUACCAAUCUCCAUAGCACUCGACCUCUCUACAACUGUUUGUUUUCAUGAGUCCACAGCUAUUUUUGGAAUGGGAGUCUUGGGAUUCUUAAACUAAGUCUAUUUGAAACAAUGGAGAACACUUCAGAUGAACAUCUGUAGCUUACCUGAUAGGAUAUAAGAGGGUGUACGGAGAAGGGAAAACUCACUGAAGUGGUAACGCGAACAGUUUUGUGGCGGUGCAGCAUGUGGUGUGUCAUUGUGCCGGUCUGAUGUAUGUAUAGAGAGAGGGUGUGUCUCUACUGUUACAAACCUUUAAAAAAUUUGGAUAUCAACGUUGUAUUCUCUACUGUAUUGCAAGUGUUUUUGCACAUUUUAGGAACUGAAAAUGCAAUACCUGCUUUUUUUGAUUCAAUGAUUCACCCCCAACUUAAACAGAUUAACUCCCAAAUCUGAUGUUUAGUGAAACAAGAUGGUCUUACCCUUAUCAAGCCAAAACAAAUACUAUAUAUUGUAAAGUUUACUAAUAGUGCCAUAUAUUAACUGUCAAUUAGCUCUGAUUUAGAAAGAUGAAUUAACAUUGUUUCAACCUACUUGAUAAAGGAGGCUUAAAUGUCUGCACAUAUUCAUUAUUUGUUAGCUAUAUAAAUUGCUUGUUUUCUUAACACUAAAACACUAUUGUCCACAUAAUGGAAAUCUUUAAAUCUUUUCAUUCCAUAACUAAUAGACUCAAUCGCUGGUGGCAGUCUGAGAAGAUAAAGGGCCCAGCCUGGUUUUUUUUUUCUGCUUUUUUCACUCCCUCUAACAUCUUACACUGGUCAUUGAAUAAUUUUUUCUUUCCUCAAAAACUUGUUCUUAUAAAAUUAGAUAUGCUCCGGGGCAGGGGCGACGAGGAGGACCAAUAUGCCUCUCACAACUUCAUUAGAGACCAGACCGCCCAGCCUUUAAUCAGAGUGGGAACUGUGAUAUUGGGCUUCAAAGCUGUGCCAACCCAUCCCCCAUUAUCUUCCUCCUCAACCCCAAGAGGUUGGAUGGCCUGGCUGCCAUCUGCCCACAGUCAACAUUUCCCUAAAGCACAGCUCAUCCGUUGAUCCAGACGUAAAUAAGCUGUUUAAGUUUCUGCCUAAUCUAACAUUGCCGUGAACCUGAAUCAAAAAAAGAGAAUGUGAAAUAAUUCAAGUACUCUAAAAGUAUUUGAAACCAAGCACGAAUUUAGCAAAUAGAAUAUUUUUAUAGAGGUAAUACAGAGUAUGUUACUAAAUGGUUGGUUUGGGGUGGGGGGUGGGGGAAGCCUUGGGGAGAUGCUUUAAAAUAUUGCAUGUGUUCUCUAAAAGAGCCAGGUUUUUUUUGAGAGGUGAAUCUGCCUGGAUCAGUGCCUAAGGAAGCUGAUUGCCAGACCCCCAGUAGAUGGAAACCAAAUGAAUCUUACUAGGCAGAUUAUAAAAUCUUGCCCUUAUUUGCCAGUAAAUGGCUUCAUAUACAAUAGCUCUACUUGCCCUCAUGGUGUUUGACUGUGGUGUACUAUAAAGAAACAUAAUGGAACUUUAAUGACCAUAUUGUAAUUAUGUACAGAAUUUGUGUAACUUAUUGUUUGAAGUAAGGAGGUCUUAGCAGUGGAGUAAUGGACAUUCUUUAUAGUAAAAUGGCUGGCAAGGGAAAGAACUACCUAACUCCAAUUUUAAUGUUGUAGUUUUAUAGCAAAUAAAACAUUGUAAGAUUUUUGUAUCGAAAGAUUGGUGACAGUGAGACAAGUUGCCUUGUAAAGUAAGAUUUACAAAAAGCACAUUAAACAUUUUAAAAUUA